UCGGAUUUCUCGGGUUGGGGCGCCCAAGUUGCAGCAGAAGCUAAUAAAAUUCUUCACCCAGUGAUCCACUCUGUAAUCUCCAAACCCCGAAGCUCUUCACAAAUUUCUCGCCGUUUCUCGCGUUUUCCUGGAAUCCAAACGCCUGAAGGCGCUUCAUUUUGCUGAUUUAUCAACCUCUACAGUAAUAUAAGGUAUUUGUUUUUUUUGAUAUCCAAACCCUCAAGAACUCAAUUUCUAGGGUUUCGAACGUGAUGAACAAUAACAAUAUCGAGUUAGAUCGAAAGACUGAUUUAAUCGGAGACGAGUCUCAGUCAAUUGCUAGGGUUUCAGGAAACGCUUGUGUUGUUAGCUCUGAUUCUCGAGCUGGUAUCGUUGGUAGUUUUGAGAAAGAGAUCAAUGGUGCAAAUGACGGUGAUAAGUCUGUUGAUUUAAUAGGGUUUGAAGAAAACAGAAUUUCAACGGAGCUGGAGAAUCGAGCUCCGGAAAGUGAUGUUGAUGGUAGGGUUUCGGUUGGAGAUAAUAGUGAAUCCGAGGAAACUAGGGUUUCGUUGGUUGAUUGGAAAGGGGUUGAUGAGGAAAUGAAAUCUCGUGCUUCUGAUAUUCGAAAUGAAGACGUGAUACAGAUGGUGAAUGACAAUAAAAUGGUUGUUAAGAACAGUGGGUCCGAGCAAUGGACGUCCAGGGUUGAGGAAACUGUGGUCAAUUCUGCGGAAAAGGUGUUUGUAGAAUUGUCUCCUAGAGCAAAUGACCUAAAAUGUGAUACCAGGAAUGGUGGGUUGGGGAAGGCGCAUAGUGUUUCUCAGAGUGAUUUGAAGAUUUCGAUGUCUGAUGAAUUUGCAGCAAAUGAGAAGUGUAAAGCCAUAGGGGCUGGACAGUCAAGUUCUGUGGGUUAUGGAUAUGAAAUAGGGGAUAUGGUUUGGGGGAAGGUAAAAUCACACCCGUGGUGGCCAGGCCAUAUAUAUAAUGAAGCAUUUGCAUCACCUUUGGUUCGUAGGUCAAAGAGACCGGGCCAUGUGUUGGUUGCUUUCUUUGGUGAUAGUAGUUAUGGAUGGUUUGAUCCAGCGGAGCUCAUCCCAUUUGAUGCUAAUUUCUCUGUGAAGUUGAGGCAGACAAAUUCAAGAACAUUUAUUAAGGCUGUGGAAGAAGCAAUUGAUUACUUUGCUGUUGAUUUGAGUGACUAUGAGCCUGGAGCGAUGUACCCCAUGAGCCAGAUUAGUAAAGCGAGGGAGAGUUUUCGGCCUAAGGAUACUCUUGCUUUUAUAAAGCAAUUGGCAUUGAUGCCUAUAAGUGAUGGGCGCAGUAGUCUUGAUUUUAUUAUGAAUAAGACUGUUGCUUUGGCUUAUCGAAAAGCAGUGUUUGAGGAGUUCGAUGAGACCUAUGCUCAAGCAUUUGGGGCACAGCCUGUACGCCCUUGUCGUGAACCAAUGAAAGCUGUGGUUCAGCCUGUUAGAGCGCCAUUGAGUGGCCCACUGGUGUUUGCUGAAACUUUGGGUAAGAGGAAGAACUCUUCAAAGCCUAAUAAAGCAAAGGACCAAGCAAACAAAGAUAGAUACCUUUUUAAACGGAGAGAUGAGCCAAAUGAGUUGAAAUUCCAGCAAACAGGGCAAACGAUGUCCUCUAUGCAGCCGGCUUAUGUAGUGGGCUCUGCAGAAUUAGCAGCUGGUGAUUAUAUGUUGCAAAAGAGGCCUCCAGCAGUCUCUGCAAAGCAUCAGAUUCCUGCAAAACUUGAGCAGAUGGCAAGGAUUGGGAUGGAUGGCGGCUCACUUUCAAGUCAAGAUGCAACUGGUGUGAAAGUUGAAUCAUUAGCUGAUCCCACAGUCAUGUGUGCUUCUGGUUUGUCCGAGAAAGAGACUUUCCAUGGUGGAAUAGACGGUGUGCUUCUUACUUCAGAGCAAGAAGAUGAUGCGACAAUUAACUUGGAAAACGAUCAGCCGAGUGCAAGUCCAUUGAAAUUUGACGAAGGCUUCCAGCAACCUCAAAUUUUACCAGCUAUAGUUGAAGUAGUGCCUGGACAGAAACAAGUUCACAUUGGUGGCAAUGGUGGACGUGUUUUGCCAACAAUUGAUGCUAAGUUUCAUAAUCAGGAUUCAAGAAUACGUAUUGACAAGGGAGCAAAGAAGGCCAAGCUUCUUAAACAUCCUGCUGGGGAAUUGGGUGCUGAGAAAUCUGUCCCUGUGGAGAAGAAGAAGAGAAAGAAAGAACUGGGGUCGGAAAUGAGCUCUGAUCGUAUACCUAAGCGGACUGCUACUGGAAAAGUUGGUGCAUCGAUGGGGAGAGUAACAGAAAAAACAGUCCAGGUUGGUCUGCCUCCAAGAGAAGAUUUUCAAAUUGAGCAUCAGAGGAAAGAUGAUGGGGCCAGUAGUUCAUUGUUGCCUGAUUCUCUCAAAACACAGCCAAUGGUUGUGAUGGGAAAUAUGGAGCUCAAGCUUCCACGUUUACUGGGUGAUUUGAAAGCUCUUGCCCUUGAUCCGUUCGACAGUGCGGAGAGGAAUGAUUCUGAAAUUGUACAGCGGGCCUUCUUGAAAUUUCGGUCUGUUGUUUACCAAAAGAGCUUGGCCCUGUCAAUCCCAGUGGAAAUGGGUUCUGAUAAUCCUCCCCAUGGGAACAUAAAAAAUUUGCCAUCUUCAAAACCCCCAAAACCUCUAAUAAGGCCUGGUGAUCUGACAAAAGGUGGCCUGAAACGUGGCCCAUCUGAUCGCCAAGAAGAAUUAACUGCAAAGAGGGUGAAGAAAAUCAAUGACUUGAAGUCUCUGACAGCAGAAAAGAAAGCUGUUCAAAAAGACGGAAAAGAAACAGUGGCUCUUAGGCAUCCAAAAUCUCUCAAACCAGAUUUGGCCAAGAAAACAGAGUCCCCAGGAAAGACACCUGAACCAACAAUGCUGGUGAUGAAGUUUCCUCCCGAGACAACGCUUCCAUCUGGGUCUGAGCUGAAGGCUAGGCUUGCUCGUUUUGGACCAUUGGAUCAUUCAUCUACCCGUAUUUUCUGGCAAUCCUCAACAUGCCGCGUUGUCUUCAUUUACAGAGUUGACGCUGAGACAGCACAUAGGCAUCUUUCUGGAAACAAUACUCUAUUCGGCAAUGUGAAUGUGAGAUGCCACAUCCGGCCAUUGGGAGCGGCAGUAGCACCCGAAUCAGAAAGCAAAGUCCAAAGAGAAGAUGCCCUUAUAGAAACCCGUGAUUCUUCAGUCGAACAGAGACUGCCACCAGCACAGCAGCCAUCAGUCCAGCUCAAGUCAUGUCUGAAGAAACCAAUGGGCGAUGAGGUGGGACCCACUGGAGGCAGAGGGACGCCUCGUGUAAAAUUUGCGGUGGUGGAGGGAGAAAGUAGUGGUGGAGGAGAGAAUUUGAUGGUUGGUAAUAAGAACAACUUCAACAAUGUUAGUUUUGGUGAUGGUGGUACAAUUACUUCUUCUCAUGGAAUAGAUUUUAAUAGUAAGAAUUUUCAAAUUCAGGCCCAAUUUCCGAGAAAUACUCAUAAUUUUAACACCUAUAUCUCUCCGGCACCUACACCGGCCCUGGUUCCGGCUCCGCCGGUGCCGAGGGCAAGCAACAUGGACAUUUCACAGAAGAUGCUUAGCCUUCUUACAAAGUGUAAUGAGGUAGUAACCAACAUCAAGAGCUCUCUGGGCUAUGUGCCAUACUAUCCCCUCUGAUGAGGAAUAGUAUCAAAAUAGGAUGGUCAGAAGAUCGAACAUGUGGUGCUUUCCCGUGUGGGCAGUCGAAUGAUAGCUAAGUUGGGGAAGAAUUCACUGCAAAGUGGGUGGAACGGGGCUUUUUAAUUUUCAGAAAACCCAAAAAAAAAUAAACAAUGAACAAUUUUUGUUAUGAAUGGGAUGUGUAUCGAAGUGGGAAUAGUCCCUAGUGUACUGGUGAUAGUGAUAAAGCUUCUCUUCUCUCCUCUCUUCUUCUUUCUUUAUUUUUUUUUUUCCUUUCCCUUUCUCAUUUUGAAGCAUUUUAUUUAGACAUUAAUGUCGUAUGUUUGUUUGAAUCUC